AUGUGGUAUUAUGUUGUGUGUCUGUUGCUGGCCAUGAGAUGUGUGGAAGGUUCUUUGGGUGAUCAAAUGGCUGAGAUCAUGCAGCUAUGUUGUCACCAGGGCACGUCUUAUGCUCGUAAUCAUUCAGUUGAAGACUGUUCAUCAUCAGUCCCGCCAAAUGUUCCCGCUAAGUUAGGAUCCCUUUGCAUAUUCGCUAUGGACCAGUGCUGCAAAGAGUAUUUCACUAAGCAACAAGACUGUGAGAGCGGGAUUGCAUCUGCUAUGGCCUUGACGAAAUGUUCGUCUUUGACAAAGGAAUCAGCAAAAAUAUGUUGUCGAGAAUGUUCUACGGGAAUCUCACUAGCAAAAAGUUCUCAAAGUUCUGAUGCUUGUUCUGUAAAGAAUAUUGGAAACAGUGCUGAAGAAAUGCUUGCUGCUGACGCUCUGUCUGCUUGUUGUAAAAAUAUUUCAGCCACAGAAAGUCAAAGAGAAGAUACGAGUACAAAGAAGACUUCAGAUAAUGAGGUGAUAGCUUCCGUAUGUGAGGAAUACGCGCCAAACGAGUUAUGUGCACACCAUUGUAUUCCCAUACCCGGUUCUUAUAAAUGCAAGUGCAACCCGGGAUUCAUGUUGAUGGCUGACGGAAGGAACUGUAUUGAGAUCACGAGGAACAGAUGUAAACCAAAAAACCCAUGUCAUCACCGAUGUAUAGAUAAUGGAAUAGAAGUGAAGUGUUCCUGUAGACGAGGCUAUCAACUGAUGGCUGAUCAAAAGACUUGUGAAGAUAUCGAUGAGUGUAACCUGGACCCGCCCGUUUGUCUUCCAAGCACGCAAUGUUUUAACAUAUUAGGUUCAUACAAGUGCAUUCCCAAGAAACUCAAUCAAGAUAAGGCAAAAUGUCCGCCAGGGUUCGCGAGGAAUCUUUUAAAUAAUGCUUGCGAUGACAUAAAUGAAUGUAAGCUUCCUAAUCCACCGUGUCCGAGUUAUAUUUGCGAGAAUACUAUAGGAGGUUAUAAGUGUGGGGGAAUGAGAGGGGAUCCUGAAAACUUAGAUAAUAAGAGACCGGUCGAAGAUAGGUGUCCGCCAGGGUUUAGAAGCGGAGCAAACGAAGAAUGCGAGGAUAUCGAUGAAUGUGAUUCCGGGAAAGAUGAUUGCAACAAAAUAUCCCAGUUCUGUAUAAACACACGCGGCUCAUUCUACUGUCAGGAUAAAGCCUCGAAGCAUUGUCCUCCUGGCUUUAAAACAAACCCAUUGACGAAUAAAUGUGAAGAUAUCAACGAGUGUGAUGACGGGGAAGACAUAUGUAGACCUGAUCAAGUCUGUGUUAAUGUGCCUGGCGAAUAUGAUUGUAGGGCAAAAGAUACAAGAGUAACAGAAAAAUGCCCAGAAGGAAUGAGAAUCAAUCCACUGAGUAAUAUAUGCGAAGAUAUAAAUGAAUGUGUUGAAGGCACACACUUGUGUGAUCAAUAUCAAAAUUGUUUGAAUACAAAUGGCAGUCACGAGUGUCAUUGCAAACUUGGCUUUGAGUUGGAUCCCACUACAGGCGCUUGUAUAGAUAUAAAUGAGUGUGCGACAGAUCAGAACAAUUGCAUUCCUGAAUCACAACGAUGUGACAACACCGUCGGCUCUUUCCUUUGCAUAAGGUUUAUAUCGUGUGGAACUGGUUAUAUUCUGCACCACUCUUCAAGUACUUGCGAAGAUAUCGACGAGUGUGCACUAGGCUCUCACAACUGCGAUCGCGCGGGUCCAGAGUAUCACUGCGUCAAUAUUCCUGGUUCCUUCAGAUGCCAGCGACGACCAAGAACAACCACACCCGCACCGGAAUAUGAAGAUUAUUAUUAUUCUGAAGAAGACAUCGAAGAUGAUGAAAAAGAUUCCAACAAAACUGAAGUUCUUCCAACUUCAUCCACGACGUCUCAGUCUACAUUAGUCACGAGUACUGAGUCUACUUCAAAAUCAACGCCUAGACCAGCUCCAGCACAAACAAAACCGACCACAGCAACUCCGGUAGUAACACCUAAGUUACCAACGAUAGAAUCGGAAGUACCAGAAGAUAAUCUUGAUAAUGAUAUCAAUCCUGGAGGUUAUAAACCAGCUUUUAAAGAAACAGAUACAACACCGAAAAAAGUGGAAGAAGAAUAUGAGCACUCACAACCAAAUAAUCCUGAUAAAGUGCUUGAUUCGAAUAGACCAUAUGAAACAACUGAGCCCCAAAAUAAAUUUACCCCUUCAGUAGAAAGGGAGCCUAGCCCCGAAUAUCCUAAAGUUACAGAGACGACGUAUAGCUCUAUUCCUAUUAAACCAACUUCGCCUGGGCUGGUAAAUGUUAACAUUAAUAAAGAAGAAGAAAUUGUAACAUCAAGAACAGAAAAGGAUAUUAAUGAUAUUUAUUCAAUCACAGAAAGCACCAAUAAAAAUAAAUGGCCUGAAGCAAAACCAAUGAUUUGUCAGGUUGGCUUUGAAAUGGAUCAAUACGGAGCAUGUUACGACAUCGAUGAGUGUGAGUCUGAUCAACAUACCUGUUCCGGACUAACGGAGGCAUGUAAAAACACCAUGGGUGGUUAUUUGUGUGAAUGCGCCCUUGGUUUCCGACGAGAUUUGGUUUCGGAGUCAUGUAUUCCAAUAACCACCUCUUCUUCUUCUACGUCUACUUCAUCUACGACAUCUACAACGUCUACAACUUCUACUACUUCUACCUCUACCACCUCUACUACUUCUACAACAGAAACACCGUCAACUACUGUCACUGUCUCCUCGACUUCUACAAUAAGUACUACAACACCAGCACCAACUACUUCUCCAACAACAAAACGAUACUUCUUUGGUUAUCCGGAGUACCGACCUUUAUCAAGACGACCAUUUAGGCCGAGAAGUUUUUGUGAUGUUGGCUAUCAUUUUAAUUUUCAAACUAAGACAUGCGAAGAUAUUGACGAGUGCACUAAUGGACAAAUGACAUGCGGGUCGGCUGAAAUAUGUGUGAACACGGAAGGAGGCUAUCGUUGCGAAUGUCUACCGAAUUGGAGACUGGAUACCUACAGACAUAAAUGUGUCCCUGUUUGGAACAAGGGACAGUUCCCGCCAGGGUAUGGAAAUAUACCAGUUCAUAAUAAUAAAAAACCUUCAAGUUCGGAAGAGGAAAGGAAGCCCGAUAUAAUACAGGUCGAGGACAAGGGAACAGUGUCGAUCUGUCCCUCUGGAACAAGAUUAAAUGAAUUUAAUAUUUGUGAAGACGUAGAUGAAUGUGUGACGGGGGAAGCUCAGUGUGGUCCGUUACAAAUCUGCAGGAAUUUGUAUCGUGGCUACUCCUGUUCGUGUCCACCAGGAUACAGGCUUGUUGGGGACCAUCAGUGCGAGGACGUUGAUGAAUGUGCUGUUUCUGGGGAUGUGCCCAUCUGUUCACAAAACGCUGAUUGUAUAAAUACAAUGGGAUCGUACAUGUGUCGUUGUCACACUGGAUUUAGGUCAGCACCUGUCAAUGAAAAGGUGUGCGUAGAUGUAGACGAAUGUUCGGAGUCUCGAGCCGGGUACCUCUGUCAGCAGCAUUGCUCAAACGUCUGGGGAAGUUACAGAUGUUCGUGUUACAGAGGUUACAGGUUAAAUCCGGAUAACCGGACUUGUUCGGAUAUAGAUGAAUGCAGCGAGUUCAAGGAUCGCCUUUGUUUGGGAACAUGUUUGAAUGAACCAGGCAGCUAUAGAUGCACUUGCCCGUCAGGAUAUCGGCUCUCCGAAGACAAAAAGAGUUGCAUUGAUAUCGAUGAGUGCGAGACAGGAGUGGCCACAUGUGGACGGUUCCGUUCUGAGGGAGUUAGCGAUGUGUGCCUGAAUACUCGCGGAAGCUAUCGUUGUCAUCGUAUAGUCUGCCCGAAUGGAUACCAGCUACAGAAUGAACAUCGCUGCAGCAAGAUACAGUCAUACUGUCCUCCAUCAGACUGGGAGUGUACUCAUCAACCUACAACAUAUUCGUACAACUUCAUGACAUUCGUUUCAAACUUAUACAUACCUGAAUCCAAAGUGGACCUGUUCACAAUGCGUGGUCCAUCAUGGGCGUAUGCCAAGAUGAAGUUUCUUUUAGGGGUUGUGAAGGUUGACGCUCCACCCUCCGUCAAGGUCAAAGCAGAUAUUAACUGUUUUCUAUUAAAACAAACUGGUAAUCAAGCGGUUAUAUCGCUAGUAAAGCCUUUAGAAGGACCACAGAGCGUCGAACUGGAACUGUCUAUGGAAUUGUUCAGUCAUGAUCAAUUUGGAGGGAUUGCGGUUGCCAAGCUAUUUAUAUACGUAUCGGAAUAUGAGUUUUAA